AUGGACUACGAGAAAGGCAAAGCGUUCGAAGCUGCUAGUUACGCUCCUCCUGAGUACCUCGAUAAUCACCAAGACGUGCCGGCAUCUGAGACUCCCAUGUUCAAUCACAUGACAACAAACACCAGAACACUGGUAGCCGCGACUGCUAGGUUUCCUCCAACAUUCAAUUGCUAUGCUCAGUGGAAAUGGAAGCAAGUUUAUUCUCUUGGCCCGUCCUCGGACGAGAAGAUGUUUACUAUCUCCUUCGACAAUAAGCUCUUCUCCAAAAAGCAAUCUCUUUUCCUCCACAGCGGCCCGAGCAAUAAAGCACCUAUCAUUGCCACAGCGAGCAGAAAAGCCCUGGGAUGGCAUGAUCGGGCUACAGUUACCCUGCAUAGGGAGAAUGGAGAUGAACAAGAAAUUUCAUUCGAGAGGCCAGAGGACGCGAGUUGGACAAAGAGUGAAGUGCGUGCUUUUCGCAUCGAAUUGCGUAAAGGAGUAGUGGAAGAAUUUCAAUGGAGGACUUCACAUGGAGACGAGAUCAAGGAACUCGCCGGACACUCUUAUGGAUGGAAGUUGGUACGCAUGGCAAACCCGCAGCGUGGUCAGCAGUCUUUUGGUUACACGAGCGAUGGCCAGGAGGUUGUUGCCGUCCUGGCUCACAACAUGUCAUGGAGCGUGACCAAGGGAUACAACUUUGGCUUCUUGGGCACCGGCCUGACGGGAACUUUAGGCGAGGAAUGGGAGACAGCUGCUGUAAUCUCUGGGUUUUGGCUGUGGCAUCUUUCAGUCACCAGAGCCAUCGCCAAUUCUUCAUCUGCUUCUGCCGCAGCCGGGGCUGCGGCAGCUGCAAGUUAA